CCAAAUUCAAUGCCAAUUAUGGCAAUGGCAACAAUGGCGGUCUCUCUCUCGCUGAGGCCCAGGGUCUCUCGUUGUCGUAGAGUGCAGCACCACUUUGCCAGGUGCGGCGCACACCGUAAUUCUUUCGGACUGCAGCUCAGCUCUCCCAUAAUAUUAGCUACGCUAGGUUUGGCCCUGCUUCCAGCUUGUUCAGUCCUUGCAACCUUUGAACAACAGAGGUUGCUUCAGGGCGACGCGGACUGGUUGGAGGUGCUGACGCAGUGAAGCCUCAGCUCCUCUGGCAUUGCACGUUCAGGACGAAGCUGUUGCAGCCAGCUGAUGUAGACGCACCAGUGUGCCGCUCAAUGACACUAUCAUGCAGAGUGCUUUGGAAUAAAAUGUUUGCGGUGUCUCUCUAAAAGCAUAGUGCAAUGGACGUUGGAAUGUCGACUUCCCAAAGCACCUGCAAGAAGAACCUUAUGCUUUCCUGAAACCUCUGGGUUACAUUGGGCGGCAUGUGGAGCCAGCGAUGCAGUUAGACCUUAGCUUGCCUCCCCACAGCGACCUGUCCAUGGAGGCUCCAGGUCCAGUCCCUCAGGAGCGGUGGCCGGGCGUUAUUGACUUGAACCAGGCAGCCCCUCAAGACGACCUUCCGUCAGUCAGUGGAACGGCACACGAGAAUGAGCUGCGCGGCAGGAGCUCCCCUUCUGCCAACGGCGCAAGUGGGCAGAGUGACGGGGCGGUGGGGCGCAGCCGGCGGCAGUCGGGCAGCCCACUGGAGAUCGAUGCCAUCUCGCGCAUGCUCUACUUUGCGAGCCAGGGCAGCGUGGAGGACAUCCAGGCCAUGCUGGACGACGGGGCAGAUGUGAACAGCCACGACUACGACGGGCGCAGCGCGCUCCACCUGGCGGCCAGCGAGGGCAAGCUGGGCGCGGUGCAGCUGCUGCUGGAGCGUGGCGCCAGGGUCAACCCGCUGGACCGCUGGGGGGGGACGCCGCUGUCGGACGCUCUCCACUUUGGGUUUCAGCCGGUGGCGGACCUGCUGCGCAGCCGGGGGGGGCACGUCAUUAACGAGCGGUUGUCGGAUGGCAAGCGGUUCUUGACGAACCCCCCCCAGCGCGCCUACUCGUCCGACAUUGGCCCCGAGUGGGAGUUGGACCCUGCGGAGGUCGACUGGCGCAAGUCGUUCCUCAUUGGCAAGGGUGCGUUUGGCGAGAUCCGGCUGGCGUCCUGGCGGGGCACGCGCGUGGCCGUCAAGUCGCUGCUGCCGUCCCUCUCCCACGACGAGCAGGUCGAGCUGGAGUUCUUUGACGAGCUGCGCAUGCUGUGCAAGCUGCGGCACCCCAACAUUGUGCAGUCGCUCGGCGUGGUCACCCACCAGCGGCCCCUCAUGCUGCUCUUCGAGUACCUGCCCAAGGGUGACUUGGCAGACCUGCUGAGUCGGAAGGGCGCCCUGCCCGCCGCCACCGCCAUCCGCUACGCGCUCGACAUUGCCAGGGGCAUGAACUACCUGCACCUGCAACGGCCCAACCCCGUCUUGCACCGUGACCUCAAGCCGCGGAACCUGUUGCUGGACGAGUCGGGGCACCUGAAGGUGGCCGACUUCGGGCUGAGCAAGCUGCUGACCACGGACGCCAUGCACGAGCAGUACAAGAUGACGGGCGAGACCGGCACCUAUCGGUACAUGGCCCCCGAGGUGUUCCGCCACGAGACGUACGACAAGAGCGUCGACGUCUUCUCCUUCGCCGUCAUCCUGCAGGAGAUGUUCGAGGGCGGCCCUGCGUGGCGCUUCACCGCCCCCGAGGAGGUGGCCCGCCAGGUCGCGCUGCGCCACCUGCGGCCGCCCUUCAAGGCCAGCACCUACCCGCUCGGGGUCAAGGAGCUGAUCCAGGCGUGUUGGGCAAGCGAUGCGCGCUUGCGGCCAACAUUCUCUGUGAUCAUCGAGCGGCUGGAGGAGAUUGAGGAGUACAUGGCUGCCGCGGAGAAGGCGCUGCGCGACGGGUACCCGCUGAGCCAGCUGUGGGGGCUGCCCGGCAUGCUGCACCACCAGCAGCAACCGCACCAGCCGCCACCGCAGCCACAGCCGGGCGUGGGCCACGUGUGACCCACCGGGACGGGGGUUUUGCGGACAAUUCACAUAGGGGGCGCAAGGGGGGUUUGUAAAGCUAAAUACAUAGGACUAAUAUAGAUACAAGUGUGAUCGAGAGACCGGGAAUUUGAAAUGAUCAUGACGAGUGUGCUGCGGCACGGCUGUCCAUUUUGACCCUAUCAUGCACAAGAAGCACUCAGCUAUGAAAGACACAUCUCUGAUUAACGCGGACCUGAGCAUCUUGUGAUAUGGUCAAGUCAGCCCUGCAUUGAUGCCACG